CCUCGAAAAAAUGAAGGCACAGAGGCAGCAGCCAUUACUGGAGCUUCUCUAAUUAUUUUAUUCCGAAUAAAUACUGACGGUAAACUCCCAUGGCAAGAGCUACAAGUCAGCUGUAUGAUGUUGUGCCCAUUCAGCCCAAUGCUGUCAUCUGUUCCUGCUCACAUUCAUCAAUGGUAAGAAACCACCCUGACUCCUGCUCGCCACUUGCUAUCCCAGGCGCAAGCAGCAUGGAGGGCUCAGCCUCACAGGCUUGUACUGUCGGAGCAACUGGCCGCAGUCAGAGCUCUGACGACCGUGCACAGCCUGCCGUCCAGGUCCCCCAGCCACGCAAGAAGAAGCCAGAAGACUUCAAGUUUGGCAAAAUACUGGGAGAGGGCUCCUUCUCAACGGUUGUUCUAGCAAGAGAGCUGGCCACAGGGAAAGAAUAUGCAAUUAAGAUUUUAGAGAAGCGCCACAUUAUGAAGGAGAACAAAGUCCAAUACGUGAAAAGAGAAAGGGAUUUGAUGUCAAAUCUUGAUCACCCAUUCUUUGUAAAGCUCUAUUUCACAUUUCAAGAUGAUGAAAAGUUGUAUUUUGGUCUCAGCUAUGCUAAGAACGGCGAGCUCUUGAAAUACAUUCGCAAAAUUGGUUCAUUUGAUGAGACCUGUACACGGUUCUACUCAGCUGAAAUAGUUUGUGCUCUAGAAUACUUACACAAAAAGGGGAUAAUUCACAGAGAUCUGAAGCCAGAAAAUAUUCUUUUGAAUGAAGAGAUGCACAUCCAGAUAACAGAUUUUGGGACAGCAAAACAGUUAUCGUCAGAUAGUAAACAAGCGAGAGCAAACUCCUUUGUUGGUACAGCACAAUACGUCUCCCCAGAGCUGCUGACAGAAAAAUCAGCCUGCAAGAGUUCUGACCUGUGGGCCUUGGGAUGUAUAAUCUAUCAACUGGUAGCUGGUUUACCACCGUUCAGAGCAGGAAAUGAGUACCUAAUAUUCCAGAAAAUAAUUAAGUUGGAGUACGAAUUCCCUGAGAAAUUUUUUCCCAAAGCCAAGGAUCUUGUUGAACAACUUUUGUCACUGGACCCAUUGAAGCGGCUUGGCUGUGAAGAGAUGGGAGGGUAUGACCCACUGAGGCACCAUCCUUUCUUUGAUUCCAUUUCUUGGGGUGACCUUCACCUCCAGACACCCCCUAAGCUUACUCCCUACCUGCCAGCUAUGUCUGAAGAUGAUGAGGACUGCUAUGGAAAUUAUGAUGACCUCCUGAGCCAGUUCAGCAACAUGCAGGUGGCCCCGUCCAGCUCGUCACACUCCUUGUCGCCACUCGACUCUACCCCCCCGCAGAGGUCCAGCAGCAACAUUGAACAGUACAUCCAUGACCUGGACAACAACUCCUUUGAGUUGGACCUGCAGUUCACUGAAGAAGAAAAGAAGUUACUGCUGGAUAAACAGACCACUGGAAACCCAUGGCACCAGUUUGUGGAGAAUAACCUGAUCCUCAAAAUGGGCCCGGUGGAUAAACGCAAGGGAUUGUUUGCUCGCCGAAGACAGCUGCUGCUUACCGAAGGACCACACCUGUAUUACGUGGAUCCUGUCAACAGGGUCCUGAAAGGGGAGAUUCCUUGGUCCUUCGAGUUACGCCCCGAGGCCAAGAACUUCAAAACCUUCUUUGUUCACACGCCUAACCGGACAUACUAUUUGAUGGACCCCAGUGGAAAUGCAGACAGAUGGUGCAAGAAGAUCCAGGAAGUGUGGAGAAAGAUCUAUCAACGGCACCAAAACCCUGGCCUAUAGGAGCACAAUUUCUCCUGCGCCUACUACUUUUUUUAUUUUUAUUUUUUAGUGGUUUUUUUUUUUUGUUUGUUUUUUUUAAAGCUCUGAGGCCAAUCACUGAGCAGAGUAACACCCUCUUUAGUGCCCUUCAUCACUGCAGUGUAAACAAACUCUUAGAGACGCU